AUGGCACGUGUCAAACGCGGCGUGACCGCUCACGCCAAGCACAAGAAAGUUCUCAAAGCCGCCAAGGGCUAUUACGGCCGGCGCAAGAACACCAUCCGCAUCGCCAAGCAGGCGGUUGAGAAGGCGGACCAGUACGCCUAUCGCGACCGCAAGGCCCGCAAACGCAAUUUCCGCUCGCUGUGGAUCCAGCGCAUCAAUGCCGCCGCGCGCGAGCACGGCCUGACCUAUGGCCGGCUGAUCGACGGGCUGAACAAGGCCGGCGUCGAGAUCGACCGCAAGGUGCUGUCAGACAUGGCGAUCCACGAACCGGCGGCAUUCGCUGCCAUCGCGGAAAAGGCCAAGGGCGAGCUGGCCUAUCUGAAAGACACCACGCCCAACGCAUUUGAGGCCGCUGUCCGCUAG